AUUUUGCAAUUUAAGUACUCCAGGAAAAAGCAUUUAUGAUUGAUGAAUUAUGAUUUAACUUGAGAGAAGCAGCUUAGUAAUUUCCCAGGGGCUGUAUUAAAAAGUGAGUAUCACUGUCUUAAAGUCGGAAAUGAUCACCUCCUUUAUUACCUCAACCAGUUAAGCAUUGAAAAAGGAAAAGCUAGAAGUGAACAGCCUCCUCGCAAAGGCGAGAAAAAACCUGAAACAUAACAAAAACUCAACCUUUAAAACAAGGAAACAAACUACUUUGUUAUAGUAACAAAGACAGAAACCCAAAGCUCCCCUCAAAGUCCUAAAACCCAUUUUUUAUUAGCCUUUUGUCUUUCUUUGUCUUAUGAUUUCUGUUCUGAAAAGUAAAAGAGAGCUUCAAUCAAACUGAAUUAUGGGUUGUUGUGAAUCAUCUUUUCUAACAGAGACCCAUCCAGAAAAAGAACAGACUCAGCAAGAAGUACAGCAGCCACGGAACCAUAAUCAAUCAGGUUCGGGUUCUGAACCCGACCCGGCUGCUACUAAUGGAGUCCCUUCUUUCUUGGAAUUCUCUUUGGCUAACCUUAAAGCGGCAACCAAUAAUUUCAGUCCAGAUAACAUAGUUUCCGAAAGUGGGGAAAAAGCUCCCAACCUAGUUUAUAAAGGUCGUUUACAAAACAGGAAAUGGAUCGCUGUUAAGAAGUUCGCUAAGAUGGCUUGGCCUGACCCCAAACAGUUUGCGGAGGAAGCAUGGGGAGUAGGGAAGUUGAGACACAGGAGGCUGGCAAAUUUGAUAGGGUAUUGCUGUGAUGGAGAUGAAAGGCUGCUUGUUGCUGAGUACAUGAUUAAUGAUACUCUUGCUAAGCAUUUGUUUCAUUGGGAAAAUCAAACCAUUGAGUGGGCAGUGCGUUUAAGAGUAGCUUCCUGUAUUGCCGAAGCUUUAGAUUAUUGUAGCAGUGAGGGCCAUCCGUUAUACCAUGAUUUAAAUGCUUACAGGGUUAUGUUUGAUGAGGAUGGUGAUCCACGUCUUUCAUGUUUCGGCCUGAUGAAAAAUAGCAGGGAUGGGAAAAGUUAUAGUACUAAUCUUGCCUACACACCUCCUGAGUAUCUAAGAAAUGGGAGAGUCACCCCUCAAAGUGUUAUUUACAGCUUUGGCACUGUUCUUCUUGAUUUGCUAAGUGGGAAGCACAUCCCUCCUAGUCAUGCACUUGAUAUGAUACGAGGUAAAAACAUCAUUCUCCUCAUGGAUUCACAUUUAGAGGGAAAAUUUUCUACAGAGGAGGCAACUGUGGUUGUUGGCCUUGCCUCUGAAUGUUUGCAAUAUGAACCGAGGGAGCGGCCCAGUACGAAGGACAUUAUUGCCACACUUGCUCCAUUGCAUACCAAACCUGAUGUUCCAUCUUAUGUCAUGCUUGGAAUCUCAAAGUAUGAGGAAGCUCCACCAACUCUACAGCGUCCACUUUCACCAAUGGGUGAGGCCUGUUCACGACUUGACCUCACAGCAAUUCAUCAGAUAUUGGUGAUGAAUCACUACAAGGAUGAUGAAGGGACUAAUGAGUUAUCUUUCCAAGAGUGGACUCAGCAGAUGAGAGAUAUGCUUGAGGCUAGGAAGCGAGGGGACUAUGCAUUCCGUGAUAAAGAUUUUAAAACUGCAAUUGACUGUUAUUCCCAGUUCAUAGACGUCGGAACCAUGGUCUCCCCGACUGUUUUUGCUCGGCGCAGUCUGUGCUAUCUAUUUUGCGAAACACCAGAUGGUGCCCUUGCAGAUGCAAUGCAGGCGCAAAUUGUGAAUCCUGAGUGGCCCACGGCCUUCUAUAUGCAAUCAGUUGCCCUUGCCAAACUAGACAUGCAUAAGGAUGCCGCAGACAUGUUGAAUGAAGCUGCUGGGCUUGAAGAAAAGAAGCAACGAGGGGUGAAGGGAUCAUGAGAACAAACAUCUAGUAUUGAUUCUACACCCCUGUACCCAUUCUUGUUGAGGCUGCCCAAAGUUUGUGUAAAAAUCUGAGCUUGAAAUUGAAUUUGAAAAUUGAAAUUGUAUGAAAUAGCAAAGAAUAUGUAUUUUCCUCCCAUUUGUGAAUGGAGUAUCUGUCCGUAAUGUUUGCAAAUAUAUGCUUAACUCAUCAAGGAGGCUCCACCAUGUCUCAAUGAUGGGUUUCCUGAAGAAAAUUCUCAAUUUCUCUUAUAAAAGCAAUUAUCUCGUAGACUGAUACGAUUUUGCCUUAACAGACUCCCCAGAAUGUUGGAGCAAAGGUGUAAUUAUAGUCAUUCUUUCAUUCUUUUCAUAACAAAAAUGGAUAAAGGUGACAGUUUUUUCAAAAUGUGUCCAGUGCCUCAACUUGCCUUGUCGCCAUUGUUGGUUAACUACUCAUCUUGAUAUCUGCAACUGUUUAACAUAAUAUUUUUCCACCAAUCUUCCGAGUCCUCAUGUUUU